AUGUUCACUUUAAUUUAUAAAGGCUCCCAGUCUCCAGCCUCUCCUCCUCUCAUCCUGCUCGUCUUGCUCCUCUCCUCCUCUCAUCCUGCUCGUCCUGCUCCACUUGCUCCAUAUACUCUACUUGCUCCUCCCUCCUUCCCUGCAGGACAGAGGGAGGAUGCAGCAGUCUGGAGUACGAGGCGCAGGCGAGACUCAGAGAGUCCCAUUCAUAACGUCUCUUUUCCCCCUCUCCUCCCUGGCUCUCCUGCCGCUCCUCCUGACAUCCCGGUUGCCCAGAGGGAGGACGCAGUGGCGAGCUUGGAGUACGAGGCACAGGCCAGGCUCAGAGACCCUGUGUACGGCUGCGUGGGAGUCAUCUGCCUGCUGCAGAAAGAGAUGGUGGCCCUGCAGGAGCAGCUGAGGGACAUCGAGGCUUCUUCCCUCUCGUCUUCCCCAAAUGCAACGCACGGUUCGAAAAUUUCUGGGGACGGGGCCAUGUACGGGGGUGACUCUGUUGCCGCAGCAGUGCCAAGUGCGGGAGCGGCAGGAGAAGAGGGAGACGAGUGUUGA